CGCGCGUCUAUCGCAUCUUGGGCUUUACUUGGGUCUCGCGUACACACGCACACACAUCUCGGGAGAGCGGCUUUCACGCUCGCGGCGCCGCGCGUCCGACCAGUCAGUCGAUCACGGGAAGGCGCUCGAGUUGGUCGCAAGCAUGAGAAACGUCUGCUUCCUGAUUUUGUUGGUGUCGCUGGCGGUGCUGGUUGCCGACGUCGACGCCGGUUGGAAGUUCUGGAAAAAGGAAACAACCACCGCGGCGCCGUCCACCACAGCAUCACCGCCGCCGACGCCGUCCACCGUCCAGUCGCAGCCUGUGCCCAUCCCAACGCAAAAGAGGACAGUGAACCCGAAGCAAGGAAUCGCCGCGGCAGCCGAUGCAUCUUUGGCAAUCGGCGUUGGUAGCAAUGGACAGCAACUCAGAAAUGGAGCUCGACCGCCUGCACCGGGAACAGAGGUCGGUUGGGACAUCAGCCCACCAAAGCCCAUGCCACCUGGAAGUCCGACCGGAAGCCACACUAAUUACCGAGACUGGGCUGCUGACAUUGCUGGCGCCGGCGAGCCUGGCAGACAAAGUCCCAAGUUGCCGGCUCAGGGUCCGGCACUUUCUCCCGGUGGGACGCAAUUGCCAGGUAACAGACCGACGCCUGUUCCUGGACAAAUGCCAUCGGUAGCCACGACACCAAUUAGUCAUCCAAUAUCCAUUCACGGAUCUUCGACAACUCAUCGUACACCGGCAACAGUUCGCUCGUCAACUACGCCGCUCUCGCGGAAGCCCACCGUGAGAAUUCCACAGCAGCCGAUCCACGGUGGCUUCCCACCACUGAGUCCGACCGGACACUCGGCAACGCCAACUUCUCCCACGGGAGGAAAGAGUUGGGCCGAGGUUGCCGGUAAAGACGGCAAUGGUUUUGGUCAGCACCCAGCCACACCUGCACCCAAGCCAAGCUCACCGUCUGCGAGUAGAUUCGAUUAUCCACGGCCAAACAGCGGCGCAACGAGCCGUACCUCGGGUAAGACGUACUCGAGGAAUCCGACCUACAGCCAAGGCAACACCGUCACUGACGAGGAUCUCGAGAAAUUGUCGGAGGCUUUGUUCAUGAAGGACGCGAACAAUGCCAACGGAUACAUCACGCUGAAUCUUCAAAAGCAAACCAGCGGAAGCAGUCCCAAGGACGAGGCUCCUCAACCGUUGCUGCAAGUGAAGCCCGAGGCACUGCAGAUCCCAACGAUCCAGCGAGUGCUCAGCAUCCACGACAAUUACAAAGCGGACACCCGCGAGCGCGAGCACAUCAAUCCGGCCCAACGUCAGGAGGAAAGUCUUCUGAUCGACACUUUCCUCAGUACCAACGUCAUGUCCGCUGCGAUGAGAUUCCUCGCCGACAAGAAUUUCCUGAAGAAGGAUUAUUACGACUACAAGGACAAGUUGCGCUCGCUUUGGUUCGAUCUCUACUCCAGGGGCGACGGUAAGAUCACCAGCUCGGGAUUCGAGCACGUGUUCUUGACCGAGCUGAAACUGGGAACGGAGGUGUCGGGACUGCACAACUGGAUUUACUUCAACGCCGAGGAAUUGAAGAAGAAAUUGGAUUACCUUGGAUACGUGAAGAAACUCGAUCUAGGCGACAAAGCAGCGGUCGUGAAGGCGCACGUCAAGUACAACGGUAUCGACAAGCCGGUGACGGAUCUGUUCGUCGGCACCUCGCCCGAGCUCGAAAUGGCACUCUACACCGUUUGCUUCUACGCGCGCCCUGACACUCAUUGCCCGGUAUCGCUCGCCGGUCAAAAGUUCAACAUUAUGACACACCCAUUCCGCUAUCGCGGCAAGAAUCUCAUUGGCUCGGCUUAUCCCGAGAUUUGAAAUUUAUUUUUCUUAGUUUAGGUUCUUUUUUUUUCAUUUUUUUUU